CCAAUUUGACUAGAGCAGUGUCCUUCCUCUUUUUCACCCAAGUUCAAGUCUUCCUCCUCGUAUUUCAUAUAAAUAAUUGUUGAAUAUGGUUUGUAUUUAUUAAAAAAAUUAGUAGGAGAGCCCUUGAUUUUUCUUUGUUCUAAUGAAAAUUUCAGCUUGGGCCCAACCAACUUGGAUCCUAGGCCUAAUCUUACGGUGGUAACUCUGGCCCAUCGUUUCCCAAUUUGAAUUCCCGCGCGCGUAUUUUUUUUUUUUGUUAUUCGGACGCGGAGCGCCGGAUCUCAGUCGUCCAGCUCACGCAACUCUGCAAAAUCCACCGCCCAUGGCCUCCCCGAGCCUCUACCCCGUCGUGGACGACAAUGACCUAGACGACGCCGCUCUGUGGGCCGUCAUCGACUCCGCCGCCGCCUCCCACUCCUACUCCAAAUCCAAACCCCAACCCCACAAGCCCCACGCUAUCAAAUACCCAAACUACCCUCGCUCCUCCCCAGUCUCAAAACCUUCUCCUCCGCCGAAGCUCUUCAAGAGCGCUUCAAGGCUCGAAUCCCCGGCCGACUCCGACUCCAAGUCAUCCGUAUCAGAAGGCGUGGUCAUCGAGGAACCCUGGGCUUUUCAUCCCCCGAGCAAGAUCGCGCGGUCCUCUUCUUCCGAAAUGAACGACACUAGUCCUCUUGUCGUAGUUCGAAAUGUGCAGCGCACGACGCCUACCACUCCUACGACGCCGUUUUAUUCGUCGCUGGAAACGCACUUGUCGCCGGGGAUCGGGAAUUUUGCGAGCCCUGUGAGCCAAUGCGCAGAGAGAGGAGAGGGAAAUAGCUCUGUAGCUGUUCAUAGCAUGUCCGGGAGGUUCCCUUCCGUCUCUUUGUUCAAGGAGUAUCAGAAUGCAGCUAUGGCGAUUCUGGAGAAAACAGAUUACACUAUGAUUUCUGGGCAUCCUUUCAUUAAAAAGUCAGGUUGGAGGAAGAUAUCAUUUUACUUCAAUCUCUCUUUUGAGAUCAAGGACAAGACCAUUGAGUUUGAUGAGAAUCAAAAUGUUCUGCGCGCUGAAUUUGUGGUUCGGGCACACAUGCAGGGUGGUAGGUUCUCAGAUGGAUGGGGCGCAUGCGACCGGCGUGAGAAGAGAUUCAAUAAACCGAAUCAUGAUAUUCCGAGCACAGCGGAGACCAGGGCUAAAAGCAAAGCAUCCCAGGAUCUGCUAGGAAUCGGAGAUUACCGACCGGGCGCAAGUCAGUUCAACCAUUAACCACGAUCUCAACACUUGUUCCUGAUUUGCUUUGAUAUGUUUGUGCUGUAUAAUUCUGAGAAUUAGGUACUGAGAAUGCCCGUCUUGUUGUAUUUGUUUUUGCCAAACGGAUGCCCUAAUCUAAUUUGUAGAGGUGUGAAUUCGAACAUAUGCGUAAGAGAGGUGAGCGGAUUCAUUAACCUCAUCAACUGGCCUAUUUAUAUAUACGCAAAUCAAAUGGACAUUUGAGAGAAAAUAAAAGUGCAAUCCAA